CAUGCGGCUGCUUUUGACUUGUUUGCUGAAGGAGCUAGAGCGGCAUUGGCUCAGCAAAUGGUACAAAUAGAGGAAUGGUGCUUCCUGGCUACCUCAGUGAUCUCUUCGAGCACCCCCAUUCGACUACUUCCACCAAAGUCUAUGGGCAUAAUCAUGGUCUAAACUCAACCAAGCUAGAAAAAGUGGCGAUGAAGCUUACUGCAAUGGGACAGUUCUUCUUGAUACUAAUAGCGAGCUGUACACGUGCUGUCAUCUGCUCUUCCAAUGGAAACUACACAGAUAGGCUCUCACUACUGGAGUUCAAGAGGACGAUAAGUCUUGAUCCACAUCAAGCUUUGAUGUCCUGGAAUGUUAGCACCCAUUUCUGCAGUUGGGAAGGUGUCCGGUGUUCUGUCAAGAACCCAAGUCGUGUCAGUUCUCUUAAUCUUACAAACCGAGGUCUAGUAGGGAAAAUAUCCCCUUCACUAGGAAACCUAACAUUCCUAAGAAUCCUGGUUCUAUCGACUAAUUCGUUCAGUGGAGAGAUCCCCAUGUCCCUUGGUCUCCUGCAUCGCCUCCAAAUCCUCAGCUUGCAAAACAACACGCUACAAGGAAGGAUACCCGCUCUUGCAAACUGUUCAAAACUAACAGAGCUAUUGCUGGGAAACAACAAACUUACCGGACAGAUACCGGUAGAUUUGCCUCAGCGCCUUGAAAAUCUUGAUCUUACCUCAAAUAACCUUACUGGAACCAUCCCUGUUUCUGUUGCCAAUAUCACAAUGUUACAGAUGUUUAGCUGUGCGAUGAAUAACAUCGAGGGGAACAUCCCAAAUGAGUUUGCAAACCUGCUGGGGCUGCAGGUCCUUCGCGUGAGUAUCAAUAAGAUGUCAGGCCAAUUUCCACAGCCCAUUCUGAAUCUUUCUAAACUAGUUGAACUUUCAAUUUCAACAAACCAUUUUUCCGGAGUUGUACCAUCCAGUAUAGGUAACUCUCUACCUGAUCUUCAGGGGAUCAUCUUAGCUGACAACUUCUUUCAUGGUCAUGUCCCACCUUCAUUAACAAAUGCUUCCAAAUUGCACAGUAUUGACAUAUCAAGUAAUCAGUUCACAGGGGUAGUGCCUAGUUCAUUUGGAAAACUUUCUAAACUGUCAUGGCUAAAUCUUCAGUUCAAUAAACUCAAAGCAACUAGUAAACAAGACUGGAAGUUUAUGGACAGCUUAGCCAAUUGCACUGAGCUAAGUGAGUUCUCGGUAGCAAACAAUUAUCUAGCGGGCCAAGUGCCGAAUUCUGUAGGUAACCUUUCCAGUCAGCUCCAGGGUAUAUACUUAGGAGGAAACCAACUGUCAGGGGAUUUUCCUUCUGGUAUAGCAAACCUUCGUAACCUAGUCAUUGUAAGUCUGCCUGAUAAUAAUUUUACGGGUGUGCUUCCAGAAUGGCUUGGGGCCCUCAACAGUCUGCAAGUAGUACAGUUAAGCGACAAUUUCUUUAAAGGGAUCAUUCCAUCAUCCUUCUCAAAUCUAUCUCAAUUGAUGUCGCUUGAUCUAGAGUGGAAUCAGUUAAAUGGACCUAUACCCUCAAGCCUGGGAAACCUCCAGAUGCUUCAGGCAUUGCUCAUUUCCUCCAACAAUCUUCAUGGCACUAUACCAAAAGAUAUCUUCACAAUUCCAACAAUAGUGAGAAUCAGCUUAUCCUUUAACAGCCUACAUGCACAACUUCAUGCCGACAUUGGGAAUGCCAAACAACUCACAUAUUUACAAAUCUCAUCAAACAAUCUAUCUGGAGAGAUUCCCAGCACAUUGGGUAAUUGCGAAAGUUUGGAAGUUAUCGAGCUGGGCCAUAAUCUUUUCAGCGGAAGCAUCCCCACCUUGCUUGGCAAUAUUAGUAACCUACAAAUUCUCAACCUGUCGCGCAAUAACCUGACUGGAUCAAUACCGGUCGCUCUUAGUGACCUACAGUUACUUGAGCAACUGGAUUUGUCAUACAACCAUCUGAAGGGUGAGGUCCCAACAAAAGGGAUCUUCCAGAACGCGACAGCUUUAUGGAUUAAUGGAAAUCAGAGGCUUUGUGGCGGGCCACUGGGGUUACACCUACCUCCAUGUCCUAUCAUGCAAUCGAAUUCAGCUAAGCACAAGCUUUCGGUUAUUCGGAAAAUAGUUAUCCCAGUAGCUAUAGUGGUGGUAUUUGCAGCAGGCUUUGUUGUUUGGUUGUUCCGGAGGCGAAAACAGAAGACAAAAGCUAUCUCUUUACCCUCUCCUGGAAGAUUCCCCAGAGUUUCUUACAGAGACCUUGUCAGAGCGACAGAGAGCUUUGCAAGAUCCAAUCUAAUUGGUCAGGGAAGAUAUGGUUCUGUUUACCUAGGAAAAUUGUUUCAUGAUGGAAAAGCAGUUGCCAUCAAAGUUUUCAGUCUAGAGACAAGAGAAGCACAAAAGAGCUUCAUCGCAGAAUGUAGUGCUUUGAAAAAUGUGCGGCAUCGCAAUCUAGUUCCUAUCCUAACUGCAUGCUCAAGUAUUGAUUCCAACGGAAAUGAUUUCAUGGCCUUAGUAUAUGAGUUCAUGCCACGAGGAGACCUGCAUAACUUUCUGUACACGACUCAAGACAAUGAAGGCUCUUCAUGUUUGAAUUACAUUUCACUAGCUCAAAGGCUAAGCAUCAUUGUAGAUGUAUCAGAUGCAUUGGCGUAUCUGCACCAUAACCACCAAGGGACCAUUGUCCAUUGUGAUCUGAAGCCUAGAAACAUCCUUUUGGAUGAUGAUAUGGUAGCACAUGUUGGAGACUUUGGGCUAGCAAGGCUCAAAUUUGAUACAACAUCACCAUCUCUUGCUGACUCAACUUCCACUUCUUCACUCGCAAUCAAGGGAACCAUUGGAUACAUUGCUCCAGAAUACGCUGCGGGUGGUCAGGUUUCCACUGCGGCGGAUGUAUACAGCUUCGGAGUUGUUCUCCUUGAGAUAUUCAUCCGAAGGAGCCCGACAGAUGACAUGUUCAAUGAUGGGAUGACCAUUGCAAAGUUAACAGAGAUCAACUUCCCUGAUAAUUUGUUGCAGAUUGUUGACCCACAGCUGCUUCAGGAGCUAGAGCAGAGAGAGGACAUUACAAUGACCAUCAGGGAUAGUGGGGCACAGACUCUGCAGUCAGUGCUGAGCAUUGGGCUCUGCUGCACCAAGACGUCACCCAACGAGCGCAUCAGCAUGCAGGAGGCGGCUGCCAAGCUGCACGGGAUCAGGGAUGCAUAUCUUAGAGGAAACUGAAGGACCAGCUCAGUAAUUUAUAUGUUCUGAAAUCUGAAUGAAUAACUUGCAGAAUAUUUUUUUCACGUGUCAUGUGUUUAGUUUUUCUUGUUCAGGUGUUCUUAAAAAUCUGUAUUAUGCUUCAGAAAUUGUGCUACUGCUACUUGCCCAACAGGAUUUUGUUUCUCAGAUUCCAUUCCCAAUAGGAUUUUUUUUUUUUGCUCAGAUUUGGAAGGCCAAAAGAUAUGGCCUUGCUCAACUGUAAAAAGAUACAGACUUGCUCAAUUGCUCAAUAUUGCAGAGUAAACCAGAGCAUUGAUGAGUAAUGCAAUUAUGAUUGAAAACAGGCCAUUGUGGCGUUAUUUGGUACUAGUAACACUAAACAAGGCAAAGAUGAUGCCUGGGAGAACAAAAGAUUCAAGCAAGU